CGCGCAGCGUCCCGCGACCCCCGCUGCCUGGCCGCCAGCGGUGUACCCCACCGCGCCGUGCAAGAACAUGGCGGGAUCGGUGGCCGACAGUGAUGCCGUGGUGAAACUAGAUGAUGGGCAUUUAAACAACUCCUUGGGCUCUCCGGUUCAAGCAGACGUGUACUUCCCACGACUGAUAGUUCCAUUUUGUGGGCACAUUAAAGGUGGCAUGAGACCAGGAAAGAAGGUGUUAGUGAUGGGCAUUGUAGAUCUCAACCCAGAAAGCUUUGCUAUCAGCUUGACCUGUGGUGACUCUGAAGAUCCUCCUGCUGACGUGGCAAUUGAACUCAAAGCUGUGUUCACAGACCGACAGCUACUUAGAAAUUCUUGUAUAUCUGGAGAAAGGGGUGAAGAACAAUCAGCCAUCCCUUACUUUCCAUUCAUCCCAGACCAGCCAUUCAGGGUGGAAAUUCUUUGUGAGCACCCACGUUUCAGAGUGUUUGUGGAUGGACAUCAACUCUUUGAUUUUUACCAUCGCAUUCAAACGUUAUCUGCGAUUGACACCAUAAAGAUAAAUGGGGACCUCCAGAUCACCAAACUUGGCUGACAGCAUUUAAACCACUUCUAUUUCAAAUAGGAUCAGGUGCCACAACCAUAUGACUGUCGGUCUGGAAUAAAUGUCCCAGCAAGAUCUGGAGACUUACAAAGAAAACAAAAGGCAAGCUUCACUGUCUCUUCUUUCUGUGCAGUUUAAACCCAAAAUGACAACUUCAACUAUGGUUUGCCCAUAGGAAGAAAGCUGUCGGACAAAGACACCGAGCCAUUAUUCCCAAAACGAAGUAAUACAUGUAUGCUGGAUUUAUUCAGACAAAACUAAAAUGGAUUUGUGAUGA